CUUUUCUGCUCCUCGGAGUCAGCAGCUGCUGCAGUUCCAGCCUUAGCUGGCUUCCCUUCCUAGCACCUUCCCCUCCCCCGCCUCCCUCCCUGCCUGCUGGUAGCCCCUCCUCCUCGCACCUGCCCAAAGGUCACGGGACAGAGGGCAAUGCCAAACAGCUGGUGACGGCUUUCUUCUCCUUCCACCAUGGCUGACGACACUAAAUAUGAAGUGGCCUCCCAGCAAGAAGGGAGUGCUUCCCCUUUGGCCGACGAAGCCACCCCAGGGUCUGAGCAGGUAAAGCUGAAGAAGGAGAUCUCCCUGCUUAAUGGCGUGUGCCUGAUUGUGGGGAACAUGAUCGGCUCGGGCAUCUUUGUCUCCCCCAAGGGCGUGCUCAUGUACAGUGCCUCUUUUGGCCUCUCCCUGGUCAUCUGGGCUGUUGGGGGCCUCUUCUCCGUCUUUGGGGCCCUUUGUUAUGCGGAAUUGGGCACCACCAUUAAGAAAUCUGGAGCCAGCUAUGCCUACAUCCUCGAGGCCUUUGGGGGAUUUCUUGCCUUCAUCCGACUGUGGACCUCGCUCCUCAUCAUUGAGCCCACCAGCCAGGCCAUCAUUGCCAUCACCUUUGCCAACUACAUGGUGCAGCCCAUCUUCCCAAGCUGCUUUGCCCCGUAUGCUGCUGGGCGCCUGCUGGCCGCUGCCUGUAUCUGUCUCUUAACCUUCAUUAACUGUGCCUAUGUCAAGUGGGGAACACUGGUACAAGACAUUUUCACCUAUGCUAAAGUAUUGGCAUUGAUCGCCGUCAUCAUCGCAGGCAUUGUUAGACUCGGCCAGGGAGCCUCGACUCACUUUGAGAAUUCUUUUGAGGGUUCAUCAUUUGCAGUGGGGGACAUUGCCCUGGCAUUGUAUUCGGCUCUGUUCUCCUACUCAGGCUGGGACACCCUCAACUAUGUCACUGAAGAGAUCAAGAAUCCUGAGAGGAAUCUACCCCUCUCUAUUGGCAUUUCCAUGCCCAUCGUCACCAUCAUCUACAUCUUGACCAACGUGGCUUAUUACACUGUGCUAGACAUGAGGGACAUCCUGGCCAGUGAUGCUGUUGCUGUGACUUUUGCAGACCAGAUUUUUGGAAUUUUCAACUGGACAAUUCCAUUCGCAGUUGCAUUAUCCUGCUUUGGUGGCCUCAAUGCCUCCAUUGUGGCUGCUUCUAGGCUUUUCUUUGUGGGCUCAAGAGAAGGCCAUCUCCCUGAUGCCAUCUGUAUGAUUCAUGUUGAGCGGUUCACACCUGUACCUGCUUUGCUCUUCAAUGGUAUCAUGGCACUGAUCUACUUGUGUGUGGAGGACAUCUUUCAGCUCAUUAACUACUACAGCUUCAGCUACUGGUUCUUUGUGGGGCUCUCUAUUGUCGGUCAGCUUUAUCUGCGCUGGAAGGAACCUGAUCGGCCUCGUCCCCUUAAGCUCAGCCUUUUCUUCCCCAUUGUCUUCUGCCUCUGCACAAUCUUCCUGGUGGCCGUGCCGCUUUACAGCGAUACCAUCAACUCCCUCAUCGGCAUUGGCAUUGCCCUCUCAGGAUUGCCCUUUUACUUCCUCAUCAUCAGAGUGCCAGAACACAAGCGACCUCAUUGCCUCCGAAGGAUUGUGGCAUCCACUACAUGGUACCUCCAGGUCCUAUGUAUGUCAGUUGCUGCUGAGAUGGAUUUGGAAGAUGGAAGAGAGAUGAUACCCAAGCAACGAGAUCCCAAGUCUAACUAAACACCGUCUAGAAUUCCAAGAUAUGGAAAGCAGGGACCUCUUGCUGGAUGGAGCCAAGAAGAUGAAAAGGAAAGUAUACUUCUUUGUUGAAGCUGCUAAGACCAGGCUUCUGGACAGGUGCCUCUAAUUUUUGAACUUGCUUUUUGAGAGAUGAAAAGUAAUUUAUUUGUUUUGCUACACGCUGUUCCAGAUUUUUAAAAAAAGGGACAAUAUAGCAGACUGUGGUGGGGAGCAUGUCAGGUGUCGGCUUGGUUGUCCUAGUAGCACAUUCCCAUGUGUGAAGGUGUUCACUCACUCCUUUCCUUUAAAAGGGCCAAUCAUGCUCCAAACUUCCUGUCACCUUUAGAGAGACAUGAAACUGUCACAGGUGCUAGACAAUAAAAAGGUUAUGUUCUAAA